AAAAAACCCAGAAGAAUCCACUUUCUCCUUGGCGCAACUUCUCCUACUUCUUACGGGCUCACGUUAUGCAAAGCGUUUCAUCGCUCAAACUGGAUUACUGAGAAUGUUCCCUUUUCUCAUGUGAAAUGCUAGUACAGAUAAACCAGAAUCAUUAUUUUUGUUCUUUCAACCUUCUCAAACACUUGAUUUAUGAUAUGGCAUUUCCCUAAAAAAAACACUUGAUUUAUGAUAUGGCAUUUCCCUCAAAAAAAAACACUUGAUUUAUGAUAAGAUACUCAAUGAUGAUGCAAAAUUCAAUCCGAACAAUAAGCUAACAGCUUUGCUGUGAUACAGCUCGAAGAUGUUAAAGAACUGUACGCAUCUUCCGUUUCUGAUUAUCCUGUAUUUAUACAAAAUGGGAGAGUACAAUACGAAAAAGCUGGAGUGUUUUCUAAAAAUAACCUAUUGAAGUUUCAGGUUAACCUUCCUGCGCUGGGAACCAAUGUUCAGAGAAGGAACAUUCUUCUGACUGACCAUGAAUGGUCCAAUGAAUCCACAUGCAUUCAGGUUGAAGCACCCUUCUGCCAUUCUAGCAUGAUCUUCUGUCACUGAAGUUCAGACAUAGUUGUCCUCGCAGAAGAAAAGAAAAAGGUUCACACAUAAGUGAACACAAUGUUGGAGUGGAGGAAGAACAAUAUAAUUCAGAGUGAGACUUACAUUAAACCUGGACAAGCAAGCUGUGAAUGAAGCAAAAUAAGUGCUAAUGGAGGAAACAGAGAACUGGUAGUUUGUUUGCCAGUUACAAGUGCAUAAUUCCUCCGGCGUCGAUCAGCAUUGCCACAAGUGCAUAAUUCAUGUCGGCCAUAUAAUGCUUGAAUACAGUUAACUGUCAGCCAGCCUUGUGCUAAAAGAAUGGCAAUUCUCUGAUGGGCCGGUUACAUUGAGCAACUCUGAGCAAUGAAUUUCAAUGUUCUACUGAUGGAUCGCCGUAGCUUCAGUCUAGGGCAAGAAGGAGGAUGCUGUUUAUCUGAAAAUUAUGGUGUUUAAAAUAAGAAACCCCAAAAGUUUCAGCGGUAGAUAUGGCUGGAGCCUGUGCAGUUGCUGAAGUUUAUCUGAAAAAUAUGAUCAUCUGGGUUCCGCAUUAAAAAAAAAGAAGCAUAAUCAACUUUCUCCUCCCUGGCUCAGUUUUCUCUGGCCACAUUCGUCAAACACAUGGAAAAUCUUGUCACUGUCAAGUUAAAGCACCGAACAACUUGUGUCCAACUCUGACCGAUGAGCUAGCUAGCUACUGCAAUAGAAUUUUCUCGGAUCAGAUAACCAUAGUGGUGAUGCCUUUUGGGAUGGUGCGACUCAAUCUCCAUAUUCUUGCAUCCAGUUAGAGAAAACCUGGACGCUGCUGACUGCUGACCCAAGUUCCUUUUGGGAUCAGUCGUUCCCAAGUCGUCAAAAGAGGACAAAGCCUGCAUACAUUACAUACAGUUAGCGCAGCACUCAGGACAGUCAAUCACGCGAAGACCAGAAGGGCAUGCUGCAUUAUAGUAACGGAGCAACGAGGCUGCUUCUGCUACUACUGUACUUGCCAACCAAACCAAGAGGGGAGCAUGGCAAUGGCGAAGGGGGGCAUGGGUUUGCUGGUAUGCUCAUUCCUGGCCGCCAUGGCGACCGCGAGUGGCGAUGAGGCCGCGUUGCUUGCUUUCAAAGCGGAGGUCAGCGACGCCGGCGGCUCGCUGGCCUCCUGGAACAGCAGCGCCGGUUUCUGCGGCUGGGAAGGCGUGACGUGCAGCCGCCGGAGGCCGGCGCGGGUGGUUGCGCUCAGACUGGACGGCGCCGGGCUCGCCGGAGCGCUCUCCCCGGCCAUCGGGAACCUCACGUUCCUGCGGACGCUCAACCUGAACUCCAACUCGCUCCGCGGUGGCAUCCCGGCGAGCCUCGGCCGCCUCCACCGCCUGCAGAGGCUCCACUUGGACGGCAACUCCUUCUCCGGCACGUUCCCGGUGAACCUGAGCUCCUGCGUCAGCAUGACCGAGGUGGUGCUGGACAACAACAAGCUUGGCGGGCGCAUCCCGCCUGAGCUCGGGGAGAAGCUGGCGUCUCUGGCAGUGAUCUCGCUGAGCAGCAACAUGUUCACGGGCCCUGUUCCUGCGUCACUGGCCAAUCUGUCCCAUCUAUGGUACCUUGAUCUAGGCAGCAACCAGCUCACCGGCUCGAUCCCGUCGAGGUUCGGAAGCUUCUUCCAGAGCAUGCGGAAAUUCAGUCUCGCCCAAAACAGCCUCUCUGGUAUGAUUCCACCUUCUCUCUACAACUGGUCGUCGUUGGAAUUCUUUGUGGUGGCGUUCAAUACGCUUCACGGAGGCCUCCCAAACAAUAUCGGAAGCAAGCUCCCCAAGCUGAAAGUUCUAAGCUUACCUUCUAACCAAUUCACUGGAGUCCUCCCUUCAUCACUAUCCAAUAUGUCUCAUCUCAUGUCGCUUAUUGCCUGGGGAAAUGGAUUUAGCGGGCAUGUGCCUCCCGCAUUAGGGAGGCUCGGAGUGCUUCAAUACCUGCACGUGUCUGACAAUAGGCUCCAAGCUAAUGAUAGUAAGGGGUGGGAGUUCGUCGCUUCUUUGUCAAACUGCAGCCUGCUGCAGGUAUUGGUACUCAGCAACAAUUCUUUUGGGGGACAGCUACCGGGUUCAGUUGUGAACCUCACAACCACUCUCCAGCGGCUAUACUUGCAGGAUAAUAGGAUCUCUGGGAGCAUACCUGCAGAUAUCGGCAACUUGGUUGGUCUGAAAAUACUGGUGAUAGCAAACACUUACAUGUCCGGAGUGAUUCCAAAGAGCAUCGGCAAGCUACAGAACUUGAACGUGCUAUCAUUGUAUAAUAAUAGCUUGUCUGGCCUCAUACCGCCAUCGCUAGGAAACCUGUCACAGUUGAAUAAGCUUAAAGCAUACCUUGGCAACUUGGAGGGGCCAAUUCCGGCAAGCCUGGGGCAGCUGAAAAACCUCUUUGAACUGGAUUUCUCAAUGAACCGUCUUAACGGCUCAAUACCCAGAGAGAUCUUCAAAUUACCUGGCCUUUCUUACUAUCUGGACUUGUCAUACAACUCCCUUUCUGGACCCCUUUCUUAUGAAGUUGGUAGUUUGUCAAAUCUUAACCAUCUGGUUCUAUCAGGAAAUCAGUUGUCUGGCAAGAUACCUGACAGUAUACAGAAUUGCGUAGUGUUGGAAUGGCUAUUCUUAGACAACAAUUCGCUAGAGGGAAGCAUACCUCCGUCACUGGCAGAUAUAAAGGGGCUCGGUAUACUGAACCUGACCAUGAAUAAGUUCUCUGGUAAUAUUCCUGAGGCCCUUGGUAGCAUUGGCAACCUGCAGGGACUGUACCUAGCGCACAACAAUUUGUCAGGGUCAAUCCCAGUAGUUCUAGAGAAUUUGACAGCAUUAUCCAAACUGGAUGUAUCCUUCAAUAAUUUGCAAGGUGGGGUUCCAAAUGAAGGUGUUUUCAGAAACAUCACUUACUUAGCAGUGGCUGGGAAUGUCAACUUGUGUGGUGGUACACCUCAACUUCAUUUGGCUCCAUGCUCCAUAAGCAAGAACAAGAAAAAUGCGCCGAAGUCUCUUGUGAUUUCUUUAGCAACAACUGGAGCAAUCUUGUUCUCACUUUCAGUUAUUCUUCUUGCUUGGAUAUUUCGCAAGAAGCUCAAACCAAGCCAGAAGACAUCAGCACAAAAUUCAGUUGAUGAUGACCAUUACAAGAGAAUUCCCUAUCGUGCAUUACUGAGAGGAACUAAUGGAUUUUCAGAAGUCAACUUGCUUGGGAGAGGAAGUUAUGGUGCGGUUUAUAAGUGUGUUCUGGACACUGAAGACAGAACAUUGGCUGUCAAGGUGUUUAACCUUGGUCAAUCUAGGUAUUCCAAGAGUUUUGAGGCUGAAUGUGAGGCCAUGAGAAGGAUACGACACCGUUGUCUCAUCAAGAUCGUUACUUCUUGUUCGAGUGUCAACCACCAAGGUCAAGAGUUCAAGGCAUUGGUUUUUGAGUUCAUGCCCAAUGGUAACUUGGAUAGUUGGCUUCAUCCAAAAUCUCAAGAGCCCACUACAAACAACACGCUUAGCCUUGCCCAGAGGCUUGGCAUUGCUGUCGAUAUUGUGGACGCAGUAGAAUAUCUGCACAACUACUGUCAGCCAUUGGUAAUCCAUUGCGAUCUUAAGCCAAGCAACAUUCUUCUUGCUGAAGACAUGAGCGCACGAGUUGGAGACUUUGGCAUAUCAAGGAUCCUUCAAGAAAAUACAAGUGAGGGGAUGCAAACUUCAUAUAGCUCAACUGGAAUUAGAGGUUCCAUAGGCUAUGUUGCUCCAGAGUACGGAGAAGGCUCUACGGUCUCAACAACCGGUGAUAUUUAUAGCCUUGGCAUAUUGCUGCUUGAGAUGUUUACGGGAAGGAGCCCAACAGAAGGCACGUUCGGAGAUUCAUUGGAUCUGCAUAAGUUUGCCGACGAUGCUGUUCCAGAUAGAACUCUGGAGAUAGCUGACCCAACGAUGUGGCUCCACAGCGGACAACAAGAUGAAACUACAAUUACUGGAAUGCAGGAGUGUUUGGUUUCAGUCUUCAGACUUGGCAUAUCUUGCUCAAAGCAACAGCCCCGAGACCGAGCACUGACGAGAAAUGCAGCGGCGGAGAUACAUGCAAUCAGAGAUGCAUACCUCAAGUUUAUAGGGGAGCAAGGACCAGAAAGAGAAGCCUCAGCUGGAGAAAUACAGUACAGUGUUGCAUAAUAAUAAAUUUAUGUAUCGGCUAGUAAUUGUUCUCAGAGCUAUGUUGCUUUAGAACUGUAUCAAAUAAAAGCAGAACCAUGGUGUUCUGCGAUAAUAGCACCACAGCAAGUUGUAGAGAGUUUGAAAAAUCAAUCAGUGUAAUUGUUUUUCCAUUCUAAAAAACUGUACACGUACAGGAAACAUUAGUUCAUGCUUGAGGUAAACCUACUGACAAAAAUUCAGACUGCACCGCAAAGCAUAGUCCAGUAACAGCAAACGGACAUACUUGACAGUAUGCGAUCAGGAAGCAGAACAAUAUAGAUUCAUACAGCAUCAGGAAAAACAUCUCUAAUUAGAAGUGCAUCAGUACUAUUCAGAUACGUCGAGCAACAAUUUGCAGGAACGCAUCAUGCUAAAUUCCAAGAAUUACUAAAAAAAAUACCUCUGCACAACGAAGCAUUUGUUUAUUAUCAGAGCUAUUUUCUUUGCUCCAUGUCAGAAAAAUGUAAUGUAAAAUCAUCCUAGUAGACUGUGCAAUAGCACUAGAGCAACAACAGUUGAUAGCGUAUUAAGUGGCUUUUCAAAAAUUCCAAAGAUUCGAACAACCGUAUCCUCAAUCCAGCAUGUUAGCAACAUGGUUUUGUAAGUCAAGCAAAUCAGCAGUCAGUCAGACUGUUUGUUAACAAAGUAUAUACUGUCCAUGUGUACAGAAAGGAACAUAGGGGGUAGUAGGCAGUAGCAGCAGAAAUUGACCUUAAUAAAUCCUUGUAACUGCAGACUAUGACCAUCAUUAUCACUCCGGGCAAUAUAACCAACCAGCCAGUAAAAAUACAAGCAGUAGAUGACCAGAGCAGCACAACCUUACCUAGCAAGAGGAUGGUAAUAACUUGGUGGAUCUGGAGAGCGAGAUAAGAUGGCAGAGACGAGGGGCAGGGCGGCAGGCAGGAGGCCUACCUAAUUUGAUUAUUGAAAUAUGCUUUAUGUGUCUAAGUUACUUGCAGGGUAGCUCUAUUGAAUCCUUCUUCUAUUUUCCUUUUCUCAUGCUAAAUGCUAGUAGAACUAAACCAGGAUCAUGAUUUUUUUUAGCUUCUCAAACACUGAUCUAUGAUGAGAUACCCAACGUUGGUGUGAAAUUCAGUCCGAACAAUAGGCUAGCAGCUCUACUAUGGCUCAAAGAUGUAAGGAACUGUAUGCAGUUGGGUGCAUCUUCAGUUUCGGAUAACCUAUUGCCUGCUAAUAUCUCUCAUAAUUAACACCGACAGCGGUUGAGGCUACAAGUUAAACUUCGUGCUGUCUGGCCUUGUUCCAAACCGUAGUUAUCCAGUGUUGGGAACCAACGUUGACAGAAGCAACAUUGUUGCAGAAAAUCAUGUUGUGUAUAUUGGUAGGGAAAUAAGUUAUACACAAAUCUACGGCAACCAGAGCAUCUCCCUCUAAAGCCCAAACUACAGUGAUAUACUUCUGCCCAUGAAUCCACAUGUCAUUUGAAUCUACAUACUGCUUAGACGCCCUUCUAAAGAAAAAGUUCAGACAUAAGCAAACCAUGUUGGAGUGGGGGAAGAACAACAUAAUUCUAGGUAUUCAAAAAGGGAAGCUCCCACGGGACAGACCAAGUUCCUCACACUUUGGAUUAAAGAACUAUGUUACAGAAUAAUUUUCUCAGGAUGAGUAGAGCUCAACCACUGAAAACAGCACAACACCUUAACAUACACAAUUAUGGAAGAAAUCAUUCUACUGAAUCUAAAUAAUGGAAAUGCAUAGAGAAACUCCUAAUAGGGGCAUACACAUCGCAAAUAGCAUUUCUAUUUCCUGUUGUUUUUUUUUUGCUGA